AUGGACAGUUCCUCAACUAGUGAAGAAAACACAACAGCAGCCGCAGCUUCUUAUUCACUCUACUGGCUUGAUACCAACGCCAAUGAUGCUGAACCGCUCCAAAAUAGGUUAAAAAACAUUGUUAACAACAAUAACUUUAGAGUAUUUGAAAAUCUGGAAGAUUGUGAAGGAACAAUUCGAUUGUCAGUUGAAGAAAUCAUUGUCUUAAUUGUAUCAGAUAGUCGCGCAGUACAAUUAGUAUCACGUGUCCAUGAUCUACGACGAGUAUUAGCUAUAUAUGUCUACGGUUCAAAUGAAGAAUUUCAUCUACUGUGGAUAAAAAAUUUUAAAAAAGUGAAGAAUGCUAUCGUCCAUGAAAACGAUUUAAUUUAUCAAAUUCAAAAAGCUUAUCGUUAUUGUCAACCACUUGGUAGAAUCAAAUUUUUUAGCAAUGCUGAUCAAUCCCAACAACAAUCGCAUAAAAAUUUAAAAUUAGAGAAUGUCACAUUUGUCUGGCAACAACUGUUUAUCGAAAUUCUCCUUCGAUUAAAACAGGAAGAAUAA